AUGAAAGAUAGUCCUUCGGCGUACUAUAUUCAUUGUUUUGCACAUCAAUUGCAACUAACACUUGUAGCUAUUGCUAAAAAACAUGUGGAAGUUGAAGACUUUUUUGAUCAUGUUACUAAUGUGUUGAAUGUUGUUGGAGGAUCUUUUAAACGUCGAGAUUUACUUCGUCAUCACCAAGCCAAAAAUUUGAAGCAAUCACUUGAGUCCGGUGAAGCUCAUACUGGACAAGGAUUAAAUCAAGAGCGUGGGUUUCAAAAAUCGGGUGAUACUCGUUGGGGAUCACAUUUCAAAACAUUGGAUAAUUUUCUUGUUAUUUUUUCAUCCAUUGUUCAUGUGCUUGGAUUGGUUGAAAUUGAAGGUUCUACUUCAAGUAAUAGAAAUCAAGCGGAAUAUCUUUUGACAAAGGUUAGAACAUUCAAAUUUAUUUUUAUGCUUCACUUGAUAUUGAAAGUGUUGGCCAUGUCAAAUGAUUUGAGCAAGAUUUUACAAAAAAAAGAUCAAGAUAUUGUUAAUGCCGUGGAGUUUCUUAACAUCUCAAAGAAAAGAUUGCAAGAUAUGAGAGAGAAUGGGUGGGAAUCUUUGUUGAAUGAUGUUUCUUCAUUUUGUGAUUCACAUGAUAUCUUGAUUCCCAAAUUAGAUGAGCCUUAUUUUUCCGGAAAGUCAAAGCGUAAGUGUUUAGAUGUUUGUUAUUCGCACCACUUGCGUGUUGAAAUCUUUUGUGCGGUCAUUGAUGUGCAACUUCAAGAGCUUAAUGAGCGUUUUGAUGUAGUGAGUAGUGAUUUGCUACUUGGGAUGGGUAGCUUGAAUCCUGUCAAUUCUUUUUCUAACUUUGACAAAGGUAGAAUCAUGACUUUAGCAAAGUGUUAUCCAAAUGAGUUUGAUGAUGGAAAGCUUCGAGAUUUGAGUUACCAACUUGAUACCUUCAUAAUUCAUAUGCGAGGUGGUAAUUCCAAGUUCUCCAACUUGCAAGGAAUUCGUGAUUUGGCAAAUGCAUUAGUUGAGGCAAAUCUUGUGGAGACUUAUUCACUUGUUUAUUUACUUGUGAAGAUAAUUUUGAUUUUACCCGUCGCUACGACAACUGUUGAAAGAGCAUUCUCUUCCAUGAAGCACAUAAAAAAUGAAGUGCGAAAUAGUAUUGGUGAUCAAUAUUUAAAUGAUCGUUUAGUAUGUUACAUAGAGCGUGAUGUAUUUGCAAAUGUAAGUAAUGAUGUCAUCGUUGAUUGUUUUCAGAAUAUGAAAACUCGUCAUGGGCAAUUGUAA